AUGUCGGAGCGCAUUCGUGAGCUUGUGGAUGAGCCAGUGUCUUUUCUGCGUGAGGGCAUGCAGUUUAUGAACCGCUGCACCAAGCCGGACCGUAAGGAGUUCAUCCAGAUCUGCCGCGCCGUAGGCACUGGUUUCGUGGUUAUGGGCUUCAUUGGCUACCUUGUCAAGCUCAUUCAUAUCCCCAUUAACAACAUUACAACGCACAAGCUAUGA